AUGUCUCCCAAGGGUGCACCUCUGGUCAACCGCAGCGCUCGCCGCUGCGCAUUGCCUACUCGUCCCACCAAGAUCCAUUCCCCCAAGCUCUCCGCCUACUCCCGCGGAACGGUGCAGCCUUACUAUCCCACCCCCCGCCAGAGCAUUACGUCGCCACUAUUCUACUCCACCUCUCCCGGCACGGGCAAAGCUCCCGAUGCAAAGGGUGGGAUUGGACCCAAGCGACCAUCUCAUGACCCGAAAUCGCGUACCAGCACAAUGAAUCGGGAGCUCGAAACGCGAUUGAAGUUCGAGCGCAAAAGACUGUUGGCAGAGCGUAAUGCGAAGAGAAAGGCUACGAUUGCGAAGAGUGAAGAGGCUAAGGAGAAGAAAACGGUCGCUGGCCGGGAGAAGAGAAAGGCAAGAGUUGCUGCUGCCGGGGCUGUUAAGAAGCCCAAGAAGGUCGUGGCACCUGCGCGGAACUUGUUUGCUGUGGAUCAGGGGUUGGGAAGGGAGGUUGUGAGGGAUGAGGAAGGAAGGGAGGUUAGGAGAAGUACGAGGGUGGGACGGCAAGUUUGA